GCUUUACGCGGCAUGAUUGGCAAAGUACGCCUUACGUCAUUUCCGUCGCUUGUCGCCUAAGUAAAGUUUUAAGAAGAGCUGUAAAGGCGGCGAGUGAGGACGAGAUCAACUACUGUGCUACACUCGAACGGCCUGUCAACCCGCCAAGAUGCCAGCUCAAGUCAUAAGUGGGAAGGAAGUGUCGGCGCAGGUGAGGGAGAGCCUAAAGAAUGAUGUAGACCAAAUGAAGCUUCAGAACCCCAACUUUCAACCUGGUCUGGUCAUUUUACAGGUUGGGGAUCGUGAUGACUCCAAUCUCUACAUUGGCAUGAAGCUGAAGGCUGCAGUUGAGAUUGGAAUACAUGCCACACACUUGAAACUUCCCAACACUGCAACUGAGGAAGAGAUUCUUCACAGUAUCUCAGAGGUGAAUGAAAACUCUGCGGUCCACGGCCUCAUUGUCCAGUUGCCCUUAGACUCUGUCCACAAGAUCAACACAGAGAGGGUGACUAACGCUGUGGCACCCGAAAAGGAUGUAGACGGGCUUACAAGUAUAAACGCAGGAAAGCUUUCGCGUGGAGACCUAAGUGACUGCUUCAUUCCCUGCACUCCAAAUGGCUGCAUGGAAUUGAUCAGACAGACUGGUGUCUCUGUGGUGGGGAAGCGGGCGGUCGUGAUUGGUCGCAGCAAAAUUGUGGGCGCGCCAAUGCAUGACCUACUGCUGUGGAACCAUGCCACUGUCACCACUUGUCACUCCAAAACAAUGGAACUGGCUGAGGAGGUUGGCAAAGCAGAUAUCCUUGUUGUGGGCAUCGGAAAAGCAGAGAUGGUGAAAGGGGAAUGGAUCAAGAAAGGAGCAGUGGUCAUAGACUGUGGCAUUAACCUUAUUUCAGAUGAGAGCAAACCCAGCGGCAAGCGAGUUGUGGGAGACGUUCAUUACAACUCGGCUAAGGAGCAUGCAAGCUUCAUCACACCGGUGCCUGGAGGGGUGGGGCCCAUGACAGUUGCCAUGCUGAUGGGGAAUACAGUACUGAGUGCAAAGCGUUUCUUGGAGAGCCAUCAACCUGGUCAAUGGAGUAUUUCCUACACCAAACUCAACCUCCAAAAGCCUGUGCCAAGCGACAUUAUGAUUUCUCGCUCCUGUGUACCUAAGCCCAUUGACCGCCUGGCAAAGGAAGUAGGCCUGCUUUCAGAUGAGCUGGAGCUUUAUGGCAAAACCAAGGCCAAAGUUCAACUGAGUAUAAUCAAGCGGCUGCAGGCACAGCCAGACGGCAAAUAUGUCGUGGUCACUGGUAUUACACCAACUCCACUGGGGGAGGGAAAGAGCACCACAACCAUCGGCCUGGUCCAAGCAAUGGGGGCCCACAUGAAGCUCAAUGUUUUCGCUAACGUCCGCCAGCCUUCACAGGGACCCACGUUUGGCAUUAAAGGUGGUGCUGCAGGAGGUGGAUAUUCUCAAGUCAUACCGAUGGAAGAGUUCAACCUCCAUCUCACGGGAGACAUCCACGCCAUCACAGCGGCCAACAACUUGGUGGCUGCUGCUAUCGAUGCCCGCAUGUUCCAUGAGUCAACACAAACUGACAAGGCUCUAUACAAUCGCUUGGUCCCACUUAGUGGAGGACAGAGGAAGUUCUCCCCUGUUCAGAUCAACAGACUAAAAAAACUGGGAAUUGACAAAACCGAUCCCCCCACCCUGACCGAGGAGGAGAUCACCCGCUUUGCCCGUUUAGAUAUUGAGCCGAGCUCAGUGACGUGGCAGAGAGUUCUGGAUACUAACGAUCGAUUCCUCCGGAAGAUCACAAUUGGACAGUCGCCUACUGAAAAGGGCUACACAAGAGAGGCUCAGUUUGACAUCACAGUGGCCAGUGAAAUCAUGGCUGUGCUUGCCCUCACAAGCAGCUUGGAGGACAUGCGCCACAGACUGGCCAAAAUGGUGGUGGCAACCAGCCGCGGCGGACAACCUAUCACCACAGAAGAUCUGGGUGUGUGUGGUGCACUGACUGUGCUAAUGAAAGAUGCCAUCAAGCCAAAUCUGAUGCAGACUUUGGAGGGAAACCCUGUGUUUGUACACGCUGGCCCCUUUGCCAACAUCGCCCACGGAAAUUCCUCCAUCCUGGCUGAUAAAAUUGCUUUGAAGCUGGUUGGACAACAAGGCUUUGUGGUGACAGAGGCUGGCUUUGGCGCCGACAUCGGGAUGGAGAAGUUCUUUAACAUCAAGUGCCGAUACUCUGGCCUGAGGCCCCAUGUCGUGGUCUUGGUGGCCACUGUCCGAGCCCUCAAGAUGCACGGCGGAGGACCCACGGUCACUGCUGGCAUGCCGCUACCAAAGGAAUACAUUGAGGAGAACCUUGAACUGUUGGAGCAAGGUUGUAGCAACAUGAGAAAGCAGAUAGAGAAUGCAAAACACUUUGGAGUCCCUGUGGUGGUGGCUGUAAAUGCCUUCAAGACAGACACUGAUGCUGAGCUGGACCUUGUAUGCAACAUGGCCAAAAGUGCAGGAGCAUUUGACGCUGUGCAUUGCAGCCACUGGGCUGAGGGUGGAGCAGGCGCUCUUGCUCUUGGACAGGCUGUCCAGAAAGCCUCUGAAGUUCCAAGCAAGUUCAAGUUCCUCUAUGACUUGGAGCUCCCUAUCUCGGAAAAGAUCAGAAUAAUCGCCCAGAAGAUCUAUGGAGCAGAUGAUAUUGAACUUCUUCCAGAGGCACAACGCAAAGUGGAGCUCUACACCAAACAGGGUUUUGGCAACCUCCCAAUCUGCAUGGCCAAGACCCAUCUGUCGCUGUCCCAUGAGGCAGACAAGAAGGGUGUGCCCACCGGCUUCGUUGUGCCAAUCAGAGACAUCCGAGCCAGCGUUGGCGCUGGCUUUCUCUUUCCGCUGGUCGGCACUAUGCCCACAAUCCCUGGAUUGCCCACCAGACCUUGCUUCUAUGACAUUGACUUGGAUCCUGAGACUGAACAAGUCAAUGGGCUCUUCUAAACUUAUGCACUGGAUGUUGGUAAGGUGGUCCAAUGCUGUCUGCCAAAUGAGUCUUGAUGGAAACAACUGAAGGCACCUUCAGCUACAUGUCUGUAAAUAACAAUGUUGCCAUGCUACUAAUUACUUAAAGAACCCAAUCACUUAACUGAAGUUGGUAAUUCAUAAUUUACUUUUUAAAUGCUGGGAAAUUCUACUCUUUGUACAACAAACAAUAUAAUUUGUCUUUAUAGCAUUGAGUCUGUAUGAAAAAAUAUUCCAUAUCAUUUCAAAGAAACACAACCAUAUGUUGAUUGAUUUUGAAUGAUCAUCAACAGGAAUGAAGUAUUUCUUACAUUGUAUAACAGUGCCUAAAACUGAUGAAUGAGACAAUUCUGCACUAAUGAAACAUUUUAUUAAAAUGGUGGUAGAUAACUCAAAAUAAAUAUAUAUUUUACACCAUAUACCACCAAUAAGAAUUAAAAAACAAAUAUGUUAAUUUUUUUACUGUGUAGGCAUGACACAAAAAAUUCGAUUACAUUUUUUAAAAAAGUAGUUGGUGAAAUGUCCCCUACAGUGCACAACGUGUAUUGAUGUGUUAUGGUUAUGGUGUCGGUUUAUCUUGAACAUGCAUACAAUUACAAUCUGUCACAUCACAUAUUUCCAGUUUCUCAAUAAAGUGUAGACGAUAAACACUUUUUAAGGUAUUAAUUAAUACAAUAAGAUUUUGUAUGCACUAUAAAGUAUAUUCCAAUGCUGUUAAAUGUAUUACAAAAAACUUCUUUUCAAAAUCAUGAUAGGACUAAUACUCACAAAAUAUUGCUGGAUUGUAAGAAAAAGUGAACUUUCAUUAUAAAUAUAUUUACAUUUAAAUUGGAGCGAAAAAGUUACUGCUGAUUGAAGUAUUUUAUUAUAAAUUGCAGUCAAAAUGUAGCCAGCGAUCCAUGAUGUCCAAUUUAGUGGUCACAUGACUAAGCAAUUUCCUAAAGUCACAAAAUCCAUACUCAGAAAUGUUAACAAUUAUAUCACUCUUUAAUGGUUUUUUUGGUGCCCUAUUAUUUUUUUAUGCCGGCAAGGGUUCCUUAGAAGAAAAAAAACUUGACCAAUAAUCCUAUCCUGUCCCCCACUUUUGUCAGGGGUCUCUUUGCACUUACAAAAGCUGGCCAAAAGAUGGCGGUGUAUAGCUAGACACAAUAGCGUCCACUGUAGUGUGCAAACUUGACAUGAGAGAAAAUCGCUUUUGAAUAUCUUUCCACGACAGCGACCACUGUGCUUGGGAGGGUUAAGAUGUAAAAAAAAAAAAAAAUAGCAGGUGUAGCAGUGUAAAUAGUAUUGAAUGUCAGUCAUGUCCAAAUGACAUCCUAUAGAACUUCAGUUUAUAGAGCAGCAGAUUUGAUGGUGGUCACAUUAUUCACAUGUUUAUCAAAUCAUACCAAGGUUUAAUGCUUGAACAAAUAUUUUAAAAUUACACAGCAUAUAGGUGUUGGUUGUGUAGACAAAACAGUGCAUAUAUUCACACAUAUUUGGGAAUUUUAUGAAGAAAUGGAACAGAUGUCACUGCACCUUGUAUCAGAACAAAUAGAAAAUACUGUAGGAUUGCAACAGGGGGUGAAAUAAUGUGUCUUGAGAUAGACUCAAAUAAACCCAACUGAUAAAUGUUGCAUUAAUCCCUCUUGGCUGUUGAACACAUUUUAUAGAGGAAAUGUCAAAGUAGACAUUGGCUGUCUGUAAGGGUGUAAUGUUUGAGUGACAGAAAAAUUGCUUCUUUUUUUUUUUUUUAUAAAAAAAAAAAAAAGAUAUAGAUAACACUGUAGUAAAUAUAUAAUCUAAUAAUUCAUUAAUGUAUAAUACAGGUACUAAUAAUUAAUUUUUUGUAACUUUAUAACCGUCAUCAUUAGUUAAAUUUAUUUAAUAAAGUCACCAGAAUAUUACUAGUUAAACUCCAAACAUGUUUCCCUCCCAGCUAUCAGAUGUGCAUCACAAUAUCCGCUGAAGUUUGACGAUCUGAUCUUUGUAUUUAAUCAUAUUUAUAUGGCUGUUGAAGUCAUUGUUUUGCUUUUCGCUACAACAAAACAAGCCACAGGGAGCAUUUUAUUUUAUCCAUGUUUGUGACGUAAAUGCCAAGUAGUCACUUCUGUCCCACUUGCACAGCCACACUGAAAAGAAAAAUAUGCAGUUUUAUUUCUUAUGGACCUGCAAUAGCAGCAGCCCGCUAUACAACUUAUCUUAUUAUUGCUCAUACUUAUUGGAUCUCAGUGCUGUAUAACUAUUAUUAUUAUUCAUUUAUCCAUUGUCACCAGUCAGUGAUAAGGCCUAAAACGUGUGUUUUUGGCAAGUGGGAGGAAGCCGCUGUACUCAGGGAAAACACACAUACACACGGGGAACAUGCAAACUCCACACAGAGAACCCCAAUCUGUUGACUGUGACCAACAUGCUCACCACUCUAUCAACCUGCGGCCUCAAAGGUGGAUUUGUGUGACCAUCUAUCACAUCAGGUCUCACAUGUAGUCAUGUUUCCUUUAUUUUUUUUUUGCAUUUGUUUCCUGUUUGGCGCUCCUAGUUUAGUUAUACUUCUUGUCUGUCUCCCUGAGCACUUGUUUCCCCUUACCUGUCAGUAAUUGGCACUCUGAGCACACCUGGUUGUACGUAGUUUCCAAUCAGGCUGCUAUAAACGCCUGCCUCGACCUCGAGUCAGGGCUUGAGGAUUAAUUUGUGUUACCUGACCUGAUAGGUCAAAUAGAGUAAGAGAUGAUACACAUAUCACAUAUGGUACCUGGUGGUUGUUUAAGCACUCUGCAGAUAGUCCAACUCCUUAAUGUUUCAGUCAAACGCAGGAUUCUUACAGGAAUGAGGCAAAAUACAGUGUUACCUACUGCAGAGAUCGACAACACUUUGUUUUUCAAGCAUGGAAAGGAAAAAUGUGAGUGAAUGACUACUGAGAGAAAGUGGAUGCUAUUUCUUUGAAUUAAAGAAAUAAAUAAUCAAUUCAAGCUUAUCACUACUAGUCUGCACUAUACUACAGCAUAAUGAGUCUAACACCAGCCGAGAAGGUUAAAAUAACAUCUAAAUGGCGGACAUGUAUUCCAUGUAAACAUGUUGAAGCAGCUGAUGGUGUGUUUGACAAAGAAGCAGCUGAAAGUGGAUACUGUAGAAGUCCACUCUCCAAAGUAAACACGAGUGUUGCACGAUAUAAACCAUAUAUGAUAUAAAUGAUAUAAAUUUGGCCGCCAAUAGAGCUUUUAAUGCUAAAAUUUUGGCAGCGACAAGCAAACAAACACAUCCUCAAGACAAUGUAGCGUCCUUGCUAGCGAGCUAGCAGUUAACGUCCCUCCACAGUGCAAUUCUCAGAGCAUUCAAUCGAUCGCAACUGGACUGUUUAGUUUGUCUUAGAAGACGUUCGCCUCUCAUCCAAGUUGGCUUCGUCAGUUCAUGCAGGGUCUCUGCAGAUUUCAACAAGUCAAAUUCAAGACUUUUUAAGACCAUAAUGAAUAUAAUUUAAGACCAUUUCACAUCCAUACGGACAAAAAAGUACGAAGACAUGAAGGAAAAUCAGAGGCCCAGAAUGAAUUUUAAGUAUAUGACUUAAUUCGCCGCUCUUUCACAUUGGAAAACCAAAUGUUUAAACUAACUAUAAAUACACCAGUAACCUCUCUAUUGUAAAAUAAUUCAAAAACAUUUUAGCAAACAUAAGAGCUAUUUUUCAGAUUUUCCAUUGAAGUGUUUUCUUGCAAAAGUUGCAGUGUGCUUGAUAUCAAGUGUUUUCAUGUAAGUUAAGUUAAGUUAAAGUACCAAUGAUAGUCACACACACACUAGGUGUUGUGAAAUUUGUCCUCUGCAUUUGACCCCUGGCAGGUGAGGGGAGCAGUGGGCAGCAGCGGUGCCACGCCCGGGAAUCAUUUUUGGUGAUUUAACCCCCAAUUCCAACCCUUGAUGCUGAGUGCCAAGCAGGGAGGCAAUGGGUCCCAUUUUUAUAGUCUUUGGUAUGACUCGUCCAGGGUUUGAACUCACGACUCAGGGCGGACAAUCUACCACAAGGCCACUGAGCAGGUCUAAAGAUUAGAUUGAAAUGUCUAUUCUCAAAUGUGAUAUGUACAAAAUUGAGUACUUUUACUGAUAUUGACCAAAUUCCAUCGGUCCUACCAAGUAUCAAUUCACAUAAAAUCAACCGUCGCCAUAUUUUUAUACUUUUGAUGCUGGUCUGCUGGCUCUAACACUUGGCGGGGAAACAAGUACUCUACCAGCACUUAUAACAUACUCGACCGGGCUGUAAUUUACAAUUUUCAAGCCAACUAAGCAAAUAGCAAAUCACCAAGAUCACUAAGAUCUAUAAUGAAACCGGGGUUUGAACUCACAACCUACCAAUAUCAGGGGGGACACUCUAACCACGAGGCCACUGAGUAGGAGAUUUAACAACAACAACCAGAAUGUCAGCAAUGGUAGAGGAAAACAGGACAAUAUAUUGUCUGUGAAAGAGACUGUUAGCAUCUCUGCUAAAACUAAAUGGUUAACUUUUGCACUGUUUAAGUGGCUGCAAGAAUUGAGCAAACUGAUAAAAACAUCUACAGUACUACUACUGUACCUGCACUAAGUUGUGAAAAACUGUGCAGACAGAGCGAUUGUCUAAAAGGAAAGAAGGCCAUUAUUAUGGAGGUUAAUUUGUGUCUUCAUUACGAAAGCUUUUUUUGACACUGAAUUUAUGUAACUGAAUUUUUUGUUUGAAUUUUGUGAACCACAUUUUUUUUUUUUACAUCUUAUUAUGCUGACAAUUUCAUUUAAAAAAGUUGUAAUUUUCAGUGUAAAAAAAAUCACAAGACUCACUUCUGUUAAAUUAAAAUGAAAUACAUGUAGUAUGUGUCAUGCAGUUAAACUGACUGAUAUAUAUGAAUAUAAUAUAUGUAUAUAUGUGUGUGUAUGUUAUAUGUAUGUGUAUAUAUAAUAUAUAUCUAUUUAUGUAUAAUAUCUCCCCGUGACUGCGUGGGUUCCCUCCGGGUACUCCGGCUUCCUCCCACCUCCAAAGACAUGCACCUGGGGAUAGGUUGAUUGGCAACACUAAAUUGGCCCUAGUGUGUGAAUGUGACUGUGAAUGUUGUCUGUCUAUCUGUGUUGGCCCUGCGAUGAGGUGGCCACUUGUCCAGGGUGUACCCCGCCUUCCGCCCGAAUGCAGCUAGGAUUUAUUUUAUUUUUAUUUUUAUUAAGGAUCCCCAUUAGCUGGUUGCCUCAACAACCCACUAGUCUUCCUGGGGUCCACAAUUCAAUACAAUUACAAGUAAAAGCAUAUAAUUAUAACUACACAAUACAGAAAAAAAUAAAAGCAUCAAUAAAAAAACAAGCAAACAAUUUACAGUCACAGAAUAAUAAUUACCAUAUAAACAUAACUACACAAUAUAAAACCAAACAAAUCAUCAACGAGCAAACUAAUUUAAAGACUCAGAUAAAAUAUUACUCUCUUUUUAAAAACCUGUUUACUUUCAAUGCUGGUGAGAAUUCGAGGCAGGUUAUUCCAGAGCGAUAAAGAUCUAUAAAUAAAAGAUUUCAGCAAAGCAUUCUUCCUGGGACAAGGGAGUACAAAAUGCCCCUCACUGGAUGCCCUGGUAUUGUGAUUAUGUAUAGUGCUACUGUGAACUAUUUGGGCCAUGAGAAAAGCAGGAGUUUUACUACUGGUUACUGAUUUGAGCAAUAUAAGAGUAUUAGCUGACAACCUGUUCUGCACUGUUAGCCAGGAAAGAGAAGCAUGCAUUUGGUUCACGUUGGUUCUUAGUGAACAACCAAGUACCAGCCUUGCUGUCCUAUUCUGGACAAUCUGGAGCUUACUGAUCUCACCACUUGCAGCAGACGCCCAGACUGUAGAACAAUAGUCAAUAUGACACAAGACUAAACUCUUAACAAUUUGACAACAAAAGCAGCACAUUUCCUGGAAAUACCAACAGCCCUUCCCUUCUUUGUAACUAUAUCACUGAUAUGAUUUGACCAGGAUAGAGUGCAGUCCAGCAUCACUCCAAGGAGCUUGGCACUUCUGACCUGUUGAACUGUUGAAAUACUUAGCCUCAAAUCCAACUUUGGGUCACAAGAUAACCCUUGCCUAGUCCCUAAUAUAAUACUUUUUGUUUUAGAGGUGUUAAGGACAAGUCUGUUACAUACUGUCCAGUCAUGCACAGCUUUUAGUUCCUCACUCAAUACUACAUUAAGUACACUGCAUGAUGGUGCAGCAUGAUAUAAGGUUGCAUCAUCAGCAUAAAGAACCAAUCUUGCACGCCCGGUAGCCCAAGGUAAAUCAUUGGUGAAUAUAGAAAAAAGUAAAGGUCCUAGGCAACUUCCCUGUGGAACACCACAACCCAAACUUCUGCUAUUAGACAAGCUCCCAUUAAGAUACGCCUGUUGUGAUCUUGAGGACAAAUAACUCUGUACCCACAUUAAACUUGAAGUAUUAAAACCAUAACAUUUAAGUUUCUCAAUUAAAAGAGAGUGGUCAUUGACAUCAAAUGCAGCACUAAAAUCUAACAGCACAGCUCCAACCAACAUAGAAUUAUCUAUAGCAUUAAGCCAAUCGUCCUUCAUUUGUAUAAGAGCAGUGGACGUAGAGUGGCCCGUUCUAUAUGCAUGUUGAGGAUCAGUUGCUAGCCCAUUUGAUUGAAUGUAAGCUUGAAUUUGUGCAUACACACAUUUCUCCAGUAUUUUAAAUAACCCAGGUAGGAUGCUUAUUGGUCUAGAAUUGCCCUCAUUGAAAGCCAAUUUGGUAUCCUUAUGUAGAGGAGUAACCUUAGCCACCUUCCAUAUCUUUGGACACAGGCCCACUUGUAAACAUUUAUUAAAAAUAUGACAAACAGGCACUGAUAUGAUACCAGCAGUCAUUUUCAGUAAUUUACUAUCCAGGUUGUCUACACCAGCUACUUUGUUGUCCGGAAGAGAGUGUAGUAACCUCUCAACCUCACUGACUUCAACCUGAUGAAAAUUGAAUUCACACCCCUCAUUAUCCAUUAUAAUAUUCCUAAUGAGGUCAGCUGAUUUGUUGUUAUUGGAUAUAUGCAUACCAUGCCUUAAUUGAGAUACCUUGUCAACAUAAUAGUUAUUAAAAUGAUUUGCAAUGUCACAUGGCUUAGUGAGUACCAACCCAUUUGAUUCCACAAAAGGUGUACAGACAUUGUUCUUUCUACCCAUGAUUUCAUUCAAAACAUUCCAUACGUUUUUGCUAUCAUAUCUCACAUCAUAUAACCUCUGUUUGUAAUAUUCUCUUUUUUUCAGUGUGUUUAACUUUGUGACCUGGUUUCUUAAGGAACAGUACUUUUGCCUGUCAUUAAUUAAACCUGA